GGGAGAUACAGAGACAAAGCGCCAGUUGAUUGAUUUCACCUGCCGGAAAAACACUCGAUCGUUUACAUACAUACCCGCCCACUAACUAUCAUAAGGGCAGGAAUCUUCAGAAAGCAUGAGUCUUUUAUACACUAGUUCUAAUUUCAGCUAUGCAGAUGUGGAAUUCAGAAAGAGCCUGGAAUUCCUUGAUCACUCCAAUCACUAUCAUCAACAACACUACCGCUCUACUACUCCUGAAACUGAAACUGAAACCUUUUUAUCAAAAUACAUGAUGUUACCUUCUAAUGGUUUACCUAAUUGUGAUUCUGCUUCUCAUGAUAUUCAACAAUUUGGACACAAAGCUGUGAAGCAAGAAACCACGGACUCCUUGUCUCACCAGAAUGGAUAUUCUAAUGGUUCGCGAAUGAUGCUUCUUCAAGGCUCAGAUUCAGAUUCAGCAGGAGAUGGUAAUACCAUGGACACUCCUUUCAUUGGAUUCGAGAAUUCGAUGCCAGGGGAAAUGACUACUGGAAAUGCUUCCGCUCUUCUUCGGCACAGCAGCUCCCCUGCAGAAUUUUUCUCCAACUUUGGCGUUGAAAAUGGUUUAAGUUUCAGAGCUAGCAGUGGUACUAACAAUGAAGCCGGUCCGUCACCUAGUAGGUUAUAUAAUCACUUGGACUACUUCUUCUCAUCUGGGCCAUCUUCACAUUCAAUGCCCAUGUCUCAGACUACUGAAAGUGAGAACCAAGGCAUAAGGGUGAAUAAUGGAGGCUUAAGCAAUAGUUGUGGCAGCAAAAUACCGUUCAUCAUGUCUACAAUGGCAAGUGAUUCAUGGCAAAAUGCUUCCCUCAGUGGGCAGAAGAGAGCCAGGGGAACUGAAGAAGGGAGCUUGUUCUGUCGUGACGGUUCAAGAACUUCACCAGCACAGAAUGGGGAUUCUAGAGACCGCGCUUCUGUUUUAACACACCACUUGAGUUUGCCUAAGACUUUUGGUGAGAUGGGUGCUAUAGAGAAGAUAUUUCAGUUUCAAAGUCACGUUCCUUGUAAGAUUCGUGCCAAAAGAGGCUGCGCUACUCACCCGCGUAGCAUUGCAGAGAGGGUGAGAAGAUCGCGGAUUAGUGAAAGAAUGAGGAAACUUCAAGACCUUUUUCCGGACUUGGACAAGCAAACAAACACGGCAGAUAUGUUAGAUAUGGCAGUUGAGUACAUUAAAGAUCUUCAAAAGCAAGUAAAGGCACUCACGGAUACUAAAGCUAAGUGCAGGUGUUCAAGUAAACAAAAACAUUACUCAAUUGCUUCUGCCUGAGUUGGGUUUUGUCCAGAUUGCAAAAGGAAGUUGGGAAAGUCUAAUCUAUAAUUAUGUUUCGUUGAAAAAAUACCAGCUGGAACAUAUAUAUAUAUUAUAUGUGUGAGUUAAUUAGAUUGCUACUGUAUAUUCACGUGGAAUUGACGUAGUCAGUUUUCUCUUUCAUCAAGAAAUACUGCUAAAAGGAAUAAAGAUGCCUUCACCGUAUGGCUGAAAUGAAAUUUUUGUUAAUUA